CAUUCAACAUGCCCAGAGCUCAAAUGUUUGAACCCAUGAGGGUAUUACCAAAGAAUUUCUAAUAAGACUGGCUUUGACUGUAUACAAAGAAAAAUGGAGUAACCAACAGAGAAUACCAUUAAACAGCAUCACGAUAGAGAGACCGAGGAUUGCAGUGCCUCUGCUGCUACCCACAAGAUGUGAAUGAAGAUAUUCGCAUGCCAGUUUGAUAUCAUCACAGCACUUGCGCUAGCGUCGCUUAUCAGAGUGCCUACCAUUUGAUGGGAAGAGCAAACAAAUGUGAUUUGCUCCCUCAGAGCCACAGAAUGUUCCAGUGACUCAUGCUAUGGUAAUAUAGUCCAACGCUCUGCACCAACUGUCUGCAUGGGGACAGAGGGGAGUCCCACUACACACAUGCAUAAAUGCAUAAAUAUGGGGGAACGAGAGAAAAAGUUAAACUUGUGUUCAAGCCACGGCCAGCAUCUAAAUGGACCAAAGGGAUAUUUCCAGGGACGUUUAUAUGCGGCAGCUGACCAGCUAAGUAGCCUGCAAACUGACAUUAGCAGGCCACUUUUCCCUGGAGGUAGACGCGAGGAGGCGAGGAAAGGAAUCGAGGAUUCAUCAAGAAAUGAGACGAGGGGAUCGUCUUCCUCAGGGGAUGGAGUUUGCUCAACCUCUCCUCCCUCUCUGUCUUCAUCUUUCUCUUUUUCCCGCCUUCUCUCAGGGUAGCCCACAGGUUGCUGCACUUACCGCCUGUCGCGUUGAAUGCUAAUGCGGCCAGCUGAGGCGUGCCACAGUGACCGGAGUAGUAAUGGCUUGAAAGGAGGAGAGAGACGGAUAGAAAAGAAGAAAGCAAGAAAGCUCAGGACCUUUUGUUUUUAUUCAGUGGAGGGAGGGGAAGUUCCGGCGAUGCUGCUCUUACCAGAGAAAAACAAACACAAUCCACAUACUCAUGCACUCACAUGCAGCGGAGAGGGCUGCUGCUCCUUCGUCUCCUCUUUCAUACACAGAUACUCUGUCUAAUUACAAACAAUCCACUUCUGCCUCGCAGUUGACUGAAGACCCGGAGGAGGAUACAGCAGGAAUGUGACUGAGGCGCUUCAUCUGAAAAAACAUCUGCCCGGAGGACUCCUCCCUCAUCCUCUCUUGGUGGUUCCCUCUAGCUCUGCAGAAGCGUGUGACACCCGGCUGUGUGUUGCUGCCCGGGGAAUGCUCAGCGGACGAGGUCUGAACACAAUGAGCGGCCAGGACAAAUGGGUCACACUGACCCCAGCUGAAUUCGCACUGCUACAAGAAUACACUCAGUACUCAACCAAGAAGCUGAAGGAUGUGCUCCAGGAGUUCCAUGGAGAUGGUGUGUUAGCUAAAUACAAUCCAGAGGAGGAGAUUGACUUUGAGGGCUUCAAGGUCUUCAUGCAGACGUUCCUGGAGAGCGAACUCCCCGAAGAGUUCUGUCAACACCUCUUCAUGACGUUUAGCAACAAGGGACCCAAACCCAGUCCCUCAUCUUCUGACAAACCCAGAGUCUCUGGGUUGAAGCUGAUCAAAGGCAACGCAACCCCUCUGAAGACGGCCGCACUGCCCCAACCUCUGGAUACGGUGCAGCUAAAGGACAUUGUGUGUUACCUGUCACUGCUUGAGGGCGGGCGUCCUGAGGACAAGCUUGAGUUUAUGUUUCGCCUCUAUGACACUGAUGGAAAUGGGUCUUUGGACAGCUCGGAGCUGGAGCACAUUAUCUCCCAGAUGAUGCAUGUAGCCGAGUACCUGGAAUGGGAUGUGACCGAGCUGAAACCAAUCCUCCAAGAUAUGAUGCGGGAGAUUGACUACGAUCACGAUGGCACAGUGUCACUGGGGGAGUGGAUCCAGGGAGGCAUGACCACCAUCCCGCUGCUGGUCUUGCUGGGCCUGGAGACGAAUGUUAAAGAUGACGGGCAACACGUGUGGAGACUGAAGCACUUCAACAAGCCGGCCUACUGUAACCUGUGUCUCAACAUGCUAAUUGGACUAGGGAAGCAGGGACUGUGCUGCUCAUUUUGCAAGUACACAGUCCACGAGCGCUGCGUGGCUCGCGCUCCGCCGUCUUGCAUCAAAACCUAUGUCAAGUCCAAGAAAAACACAGAGGUAAUGCAUCAUUUCUGGGUGGAAGGGAACUGCCCCACCAAGUGUGACAAGUGUCACAAAACCGUUAAGUGUUACCAGGGCCUGACUGGGCUCCACUGUGUGUGGUGUCAAAUCACGCUCCAUAACAAGUGUGCCUCCCAUGUGAAACCUGAGUGUGACUGUGGACCCCUGAAGGAUCACAUCCUGCCCCCAAACUCAAUCUGCCCCGUCGUCCUGGAAAGGCAGUCGACACUCAGGAAAGACUCCCGGUCCAGCCAGUCGAGCCGGGGGAAGAUGCAGAGAGCCAACUCGGUCACAGUGGACGGCCAAGGACUGCAGAUCACAACAAUAGAGGGCACUCAUCCUCUGUUAGUGUUUGUCAAUCCGAAGAGCGGGGGGAAGCAAGGAGAGAGGAUUUACAGAAAGUUCCAGUAUCUCCUGAACCCGAGACAAGUGUACAACCUGGCCAAGAAUGGACCCAUGCCAGGGCUGAACUUCUUCAGAGAUGUUCCAGAUUUCAGAGUGCUGGCCUGCGGAGGGGACGGCACCGUGGGCUGGAUCCUGGACUUCAUAGAUAAGGCCAACCUGGACAGGAACCCCCCCGUGUGUAUACUUCCUCUUGGCACGGGCAACGACCUGGCAAGAUGUCUGCGAUGGGGAGGAGGCUAUGAGGGCGAGAGCCUGCUGAAGAUCAUGCAGGACAUCGAGAACAGUUCGGAGGUGAUGCUGGAUCGCUGGAAGUUUGAUGUCACACCCACAGACAAGGAGGAGCGAGGGGACCCGGUGCCUUACAGUAUCGUCAACAACUACUUCUCCAUCGGAGUGGAUGCAUCCAUUGCCCAUCGUUUCCAUGUUAUGAGAGAGAAGCAUCCGGAGAAGUUCAACAGCAGAACAAAGAAUAAGCUGUGGUACUUUGAGUUCGGCACUUCGGAGACCUUUUCGGCCACAUGUAAGAAGCUCCACGACUUUCUGGAGGUUGAGUGCGAUGGUGUCACUCUGGACCUCAGCAGCAUCUCCUUGGAAGGCAUUGCCAUUCUCAACAUUCCCAGCAUGCACGGCGGCUCCAACCUUUGGGGCGAGAGCAAGAAGAGGAGGGGUAACCGCAAGGGGGGCAAAAAGAGCCAAGACAAGAGGACACCAGUGCUCGACCCCAAGGAGCUCACGUUUGCAGUUCAAGACCUGUCCGACCAGCUGCUGGAGGUAGUGGGGCUGGAAGGAGCCAUGGAGAUGGGUCAGAUCUACACCGGCCUGAAGAGCGCUGGGAGACGCCUGGCACAGUGCUCCUCCGUUACCAUCAGAACCAGUAAAUCCCUCCCCAUGCAGAUUGAUGGGGAACCUUGGAUGCAGACUCCCUGCACUAUUGAGAUUGUCCACAAGAACCAGGCUCCCAUGUUGAUGGGAGCGCCACAAUGCCGAAGCUUUUUCUCCUCCGUAAUCAGACGAACACGCAGCGAGAGCAAAGACUGAUCGGUUCAAGGCCUUUUCGAGUCCUCACAAGCACCUGGAGAGCAGCGAGCCACAA